AAACAAGUUAAGACGUCAAAACGAAGUGAUAUCCGUGAUAUCUGAUAUUGUUGUGAUACAUUCCUCUUUUGCUUUUCUUGUGAUUUCCUCCCAGAAUUCACAAUUCCUUCCCAUCCCUCUAUGAUGGCAUUUCUAGAGUGUAGCCCCGAGAAUCCCGAUCAGGUGGAUUUUGUUAAGGACAGCUCCACGUCGAAGGAGAGUGAUUUUGCGGAGAUGGUGGAAGAACUUAAGGCUACCCUUGGUGGCAGUAAGUUCAUCUGUCCACUUUGCAACAGGAACUUCCGGGAUAAGUCCGGUCUGCGGAGUCAUCUGAUGAUCCAUUCAGGAGAGAAACCAUUCCAGUGUCAGGAAUGUGGCAAGAGCUUCACCCAAUCCGGUGCCUUGACUGUCCAUCUCCGGACACAUACGGGGGAUCGACCGUUCUCGUGUGAUCAAUGCGGGAAGCGGUUUGUGCAGGCCGGUCAACUGAAGGUGCAUCUCCGGACGCACAAUGGGGAACGGAUGGAAGUUUGUCCACUCUGUGGUAAGCGCUUCAUGCAGAAGGGUCACCUCAAGGUCCAUAUGCAACGUCAUCGGGGGGAAAAGCCCUUUGCCUGCAACCACUGUGGAAAGUCUUUUUUGCAGCCGGCUCAGCUAAGGACCCAUCUUCGGACCCAUACGGGGGAGAAACCGUUCGAGUGUAGGCAGUGUGGGAAGAAGUACGCCCAGGCUAGCUCCCUCAAGCAUCAUCUGCUGCAGCAUCAGUUUCCGGACGUGCAAGCGAAUCUACUGAAGUUCCGAACUCCCAGGAUCAAGGCUGAAACCGGCAAGGAUGCUGCUCAUAUGGAUCCGGUUCCUCUGUCUUCCUUGUGUCAUUUGGAAGUCUUCAAGGCUAGGCGCUACAAUACUAGCAACAAGCCUAGAACUCACGAAUGCAAGGUGUGCAUGAAACGUUUCACCCAAGCCAUAACUUUGCGCAUUCAUAUGCGUCUGCAUACUGGUGAGAAACCUUACCAGUGCCAAGAGUGCCUUAAGCGGUUCACCCAGGAAGGUCAGCUAAAGGUGCAUAUCCUAACGCACACCGGGGAAAAGAGGCUUGAGUGCCCAGAAUGCGGAAAGCGAUUUAAUCAGAUGGGUCACCUGAAGCAGCACAUCCGCACGCAUACGAAGGAGAAGCCCUACCAGUGCACUGAAUGCCCGGCUGCUUUUGCCCAAACUGCUCAUCUUAAGGCUCAUCUGAGGACCCAUACUGGGGAGCGUCCCUUUGUCUGUCCUGAAUGUGGAAAGAGUUUCACUCAGCCGUGCAGUCUCAAGAGUCAUGUUCGUCGUCAUGAGAUUGAUCGUUUUACUGCCUUACUUGCUGAUCCCUCACUUUCUACCCAUUCUCCGCCUGAACCUGGAAAACUUAGUCCAGAUUCCGACAAUGGAAUCAUCAUUCAACCUUCGGACCUCUACUACAACGCACCAAUUGAAUUGAGCUUCUCAGAUGAACCAUCCUCGGAUUUCUCUGACUUGAAACUAUCCCCUAAUGAAAUUGCAGGAGAUCAAGGCAACUUUGAAUUAGCUGUCUUUCCGGAAAGUGCCAAGCUUGAUAUAGCUGCUCAGAUGGUGGAUCCAUGCGCAUUCCCAGGCAAUGGGGAUUUCCUGGAGAUGCAGGCCUUCAGUCCAUUUGUUGGAAAUUUGCCUCCUGAAAAGUUUGCUGAGAUCCCAAUGGAACAGGAAGAGGCUAUCUUGACACCUUUGUUCCAGGAAGAUGGCAAGGAGAACAUAGGAUUCCUGGAGAAAACAACUGAUCUAUUUUGGGAAGAGGGAUCCAAGGCAGCCACCCCAACGGAAGUAGAAUAUGCAUCUUCGGGGGAUUCAACUACUUCAGGAGGUCAAGCAUCUCCUGGUGAACAAUCUUCUGAAGGUGUCGAGGAACUGGAGGGAAAGCUGAAGACUCGCGGGAAGCAGCAUGAGUGUCCAGUUUGUGGAAAGUGUUUUCCCUUCUUGACGCGUCUUCGGCAGCAUUUCCGGGUUCAUUCCGGAGAGCGUCCCUAUGAGUGUGCAACCUGUGGGCUUCGGUUUUCGCAUCUGAAGACCAUGAAGCGCCAUCAGUCGGUUCACACGGGCGAGAAGCCCUUCCUGUGUCAGGAGUGUGGGAAGGGUUUUGCCCAUGACAAGAACUUGAAGUGCCAUUUGAGGACCCACACUGGGGAGAAGCCAUACGAAUGCUCGGUGUGCGGCAUGAGAUUUUCCCAAUCGGGAACGCUGAAGAGCCAUCAGAUGACCCAUACGGGUGAGAAGCCCUUUGUGUGUCCGGAAUGUGGGAUGCGCUUCGUGCAAUCGGGAUCCUUGAAGGUCCACAUGAGGAAGCACACGGGCGUUCGUCCGUACAAGUGCCCAGAAUGUGGAAAGGAGUUCCCCAAGAACACCCAGUGCAAAACCCAUCUCCGGACUCACACGGGUGAGAAGCCCUAUCAAUGUGAUGCUUGCGGCAAGGGAUUCACCCAAUCCGGACACCUCAAGAGCCACCUGGCCAAGCAGCAUGGCGAGACCAAGUGAGAAGGUGACAUGAAAUCAGGGUAUCAGGAAAAAUUGGUGCUUGUCUCUACAUUCUUAUCAAUUUUGUAAAAAAAAAUCAAAACAGAGCCACAAAAAAUGCCAUGGAGAGCUGUUUUAUUAUGAGAAAACAUGAACGUUUCCAACCGUUGAA